CCAAGAGGCCUGACGCACGACAGCGAGGUGCCCCGCUACCAGCCAGUCAGAGCGUGGCGCCGGCUGCCGGGGAUGACCAUUGGUUGGCGCGAAGUCGGCGCUACGCAAAAGCAGAGCGCAGAGCCCAGAGAGCUGCAAUCUGUCAGUAGAGGGAACAGCACAGGGACUGCAGCCGCGGGGAGCAGGGAAAGCUAACAGCAGCAGACGGUAAAACAAAAAGGACGAAAGAAAAGGGAAAGAGAUGUACAAAUACUCAGUGAAGUUCGGAUUAGGGAGCAGAAGUCUAGGAAGUGUUUGACGAUAAACUCCAGACCCAGUUGCCGUGUUUACACCGAGGAUAUGAACGGCCGCUGUGUCAAAGGGUUUGAUGUUAAACCAAUGCCCGCGGGAAUCUCUUCUUCCAGGCCACUACUGUAUAGUGGAAGAUCAAACGACCAUUUCACUCAUUAAAAAGCAGCAGAAGUUGAAGCUUCGGAUGCGAGGAGUCUGCUUCACGUAGCUGGCAUUUACAGGGAGAUGUGAUGGAAAAAUCAAAGCAAGAGGGAGCGCGAAGUCGAUAAUAAUUAGUAAUAUUUGUUUUCUUAAAAAACAAAAGGAAACACCACCAUCCAACUUAAAAGGGACGUCAAUCGGUUUGGGUUGUGGAGAUGACCUUCCUAUUCCUUUUGGCUUGCAUCCUGAUCGACCGCGUUGCCUGUCAGAUCCGCUACUCUGUUCCUGAGGAGCAGGAACAUGGCACGUUCGUGGGGAAUAUCGCCGAGGAUUUGGGAUUGGACGUGACGAAGCUGGCCGCUCGCAGGUUUCAGACGGUGCCGAGCUCCAGGUCCCCGCACCUGGAGGUGAACCUGGAGAACGGGGUGCUGUUCGUCAACGAGAAGAUCGACCGCGAGCAGAUCUGUAAGCAGAGCCCCAGUUGCCUGCUGCACCUCGAGGUCUUCCUGGAGAACCCGUUGGAACUUUUCCGCGUGGAGAUCGAGAUCGUGGAUAUUAACGACAACCCGCCGAGUUUCCCGGAGGCGGACAUCACGGUGGAGAUAUCGGAGAGCGCCAGUGCUGGCACCCGGCUACCGCUGGAGAGCGCGUUCGAUCCGGACGUUGGCAGCAACUCGCUGCGCACCUAUGAGAUCACCCCCAACAGUUACUUUUACCUCGACGUGCAGACCCAAGGAGACGGCAACAAGUUCGCCGAGCUGGUGCUGGAGAAGAGCCUGGACCGGGAACAGCAAGCCCUCCACCGGUAUGUGCUGACGGCGGUGGACGGGGGUCUGCCCCAGCGCACUGGCACCGCACUGCUCAGCAUCAAGGUGCUGGACUCGAACGACAACGUGCCUGUUUUCGAGCAGUCGGUGUACACGGUGAGCCUGCCGGAGAACGCGCCCGUCGGCACCCUGGUCAUUCAGCUCAACGCCACCGACCGCGACGAAGGCAAGAACGGCGAGGUGGUGUACUCGUUCAGCAACCACGUCUCGCCCAGGGUGAAGGAGCUGUUCAGCAUCGAGCCCAGGACGGGCUGGAUCGAGGUGAAGGGGGUCAUCGAUUACGAGGAGAGCAGCCUUUACCAGCUGUACGUCCAGGCGAAGGAUUUGGGGCCCAACGCGGUGCCUGCUCACUGCAAAGUGCUGGAAGUUACCGACGUGAACGACAACGCGCCCGAGAUCAGUUUCAGCACCGUCUCCAACUCGGUGAAUGAGAGCGCAACCCUGGGCACCGUGGGUCGCCUUGCUGAGUGUCACCGACGCGACUCGGGCGACAACGGGCAGCUCCAAUGCGAGAUCCUGGGACAGGUGCCUUUCAAGCUGAAACCUUCCUUCAAGAAUUACUACACCAUCGUGACGGACGGGCCGCUGGACCGAGAGGUCACCGACUCCUACACUGUCACCAUCAUGGCGAAGGACAGGGGUUCCCCCCCUCUGGCCUCCAGCAAGUCCAUCAAGGUCCAAGUGGCGGACGAGAACGACAAUGCGCCCCGCUUCUCCCAGUCUUCCUACAACGUGUAUGUCACCGAGAAUAACGUUCCCGGGGCUUAUAUCUACGCAGUGACUGCCGUGGAUCCCGAUGUGGGGCAGAACGCUUACAUCUCUUACUCCAUAUUAGAGUGCGAUAUACAGGGUAUGUCGGUUUUUACGUACGUUUCCAUAAACUCCGAGAAUGGCUACCUGUACGCCUUGCGCUCUUUCGAUUACGAGCAGCUCAAAGAGUUUAGUUUCACGGUGCAGGCCAGAGACGCGGGGAACCCUCCGCUGAGCAGUAACACCACCAUUAAUAUCAUCAUCGUAGACCAGAACGACAAUGCGCCCUCCAUCGUAUCGCCCGUGUCCAGGAACGGUAGCGCCAGGGAGAUGGUGCCCCGCUCAGCCGAGCCGGGCUACCUGGUGGCCAGGCUAGUGGCGGUGGACGCGGACGACGGCGACAAUGCUCGGCUCACCUAUUACAUCGCCAAGGGCAACGAGUUGGGACUCUUCAGGAUGGACUGGAGGAGUGGAGAGCUCAAGACGGUGAGGAGGCUGUCCACCAACAAAAAGGCCCCCAGCGCCCCAUACGAGCUGCUGAUCGAGGUCAGGGAUCAUGGACAACCGCCGCUGUCAGCCACCGCCACUAUCCUUGUGAUGGCAGUGGACAGCCCGGUGGAUCGCCAGGGAGAACGGGGCAACCGAGCUGGUACCCCGAAGGAAAACUCGCUGGAUUUGACCCUGAUCUUGAUUAUCGCCCUGGGCUCCGUGUCCUUCGUCUUCCUCCUGGCCAUGAUCGUAUUGGCAAUCCGGUGCCAGAAGGACAAAAAGGUGAACAUCUACAGCUGCCUGGCCAGCGAGUGCUGCUCCUGCUGUAGACAGGCGAGGAACAGAAAGAAGAAGCUCAGCAAAUCGGACAUCAUGCUGGUGCAGACCACCAACACCAACGCAGCCCAGGUGUCGGUGGAGGAAGGGGGCUUUGGACACCACAGUCAGAAUUACUGUUACCAAGUUUGCCUGACUCCGGAAUCGGCCAAAACUGACCUCAUGUUCUUGAAACCUUGCAGUCCAGUCAGGAGUACGGACGCUGAACACAACCCCUGCGGGGCCAUCAUUGCGGGGUACACUGACCAACAGCCCGACAUCAUUUCCAAUGGGAGUAUAUUAUCAAAUGAGACAAAACACCAGCGGACCGAACUCAGUUUUCUUGUGGACAGACCCCGUCGAGUUAACAGUUCUGCUUUCCAAGAAGCGGAUAUCGUGAGCUCGAAGGACAGUGGUCACGGUGACAGCGAACAAGGAGACAGUGACCACGAUGCUACUAACCGAGCUCACAACUCUGGAGCUGAUCUUUUUUCCAAUUGCACAGAAGAGUGUAAAGCUCUGGGACACUCAGACCGCUGCUGGAUGCCCAGCUUUGUGCCCACAGAUAGCCGCCAAGGUCCGGAUUAUCGCAGUAAUUUGCAUGUCCCAGGAAUGGACUCUGUGCCUGACACCGAGGUCUAUGAAGCUCCAGAGCAGCCUGGUGAGAAAUCUUUCUCCACGUUUGGAAAAGAAAAAACGCAUCCCUCAAAUUCGGAAAAGAAAGAAUAUGAUGCACUUCUGCCCAACACACGUGCGCCUUAUAAGCCACCAUAUUUAACACGGAAGAGAAUUUGCUAAUUCCUUCUGUUGUUGCAGCAUGAUUUUGCACAAGCCAACGACUUAAAAAAAAUCAACCUUCCAGUCCGUCAUCCUGGCCAUCAAGAUGUGCAUAAUAUAAUCGGUUCCUAUAAUAUUGGAGACAAUCUUGCUAAUAACGGAAUCGAAGCUCUCAGCAGGUCUGAGAUUGAUGCGAUUUGGAGACUUUUUGGAAAUGACUGGUCUGGUCACUACCAUGACCUGUGUGUGCCUGUUUACAGCACUCAAUAACUCUUACUGAGCUCCCAGCUCUUUCUUUAAUCUCCGACCACACAGAUCGGCACCAAAAGAAGCCAAUUGUACAGAAUCAAACAAAUGUGCAUUACAGAUGCAAUAUCACUGUUUUAGAUGUGACUGUUUUUUCUAUUUUUUUUGUGAUGGAGUGUUCCCAGAUUGCGCCAACUUUUCAAGACUGUGACUGUGUUCUUUGCGCCCACUACUAGGUCUUUCCAGUGAAAAGCCACAGAUCUACAGUAAUCAGAGCUCCUCAAUUCAACGACAUUCUGUAGUUUAUACACAGUGUUACUUGCAAAUGUGUUUACUGUACUCUUUUGAAACUUCUAAAUAAAAUGAAAUGUACUCCUUUUUUUUCCUUGCUGGAAGUGGUGGUAUUAAUAAGGGGAUGAUUUAGUAAUCUGGAAUAUCAGUAAUUCCAAGUGUUUAUUUAUCUAUAGCCUCUUUAAUUCCUAAGAAUGAUUAAAACCACCCACAAAGCGAAAUUGAAAAACUGAUUUAUGAUAACUCUUGAAGUCAACAGUUAAUUAAAAUAUUUAACUGCUUUUUUGCUCCCUCCUACCAGACAAACCAUUUUGAGUUACUUGCUGGGUAUUUCUUCAUCAUGAGUAAUUGAUCUGGAUCCCAAGAGGGACCAGCAAUUUUGCUGGUAGAAAGCAGAGAAGAUUGUUUUCCUUUAUCUUGUACAUGUAAUCUAAAGAUCCCUCUCUCGUGAUGUCUUUUUCACUCUUAUUCAGACGAAGAGGAGACUUUGAGGAAUAAAGUUAUCCCAUCAAAUCUACUUAUGUAAAUGAUGUUUUGAGUAAUUCCUGGUAUGAUUGGAAUAAAGCCAACAGUAAGUGGGAGUGCAUUUGAAAGUCAUAACAUAACUGAUAUGUUCCCUUGGAUAUCUAAUACUCAACAGAGCCCCACAGUCCAUAGUCCAGGGUUAAUCACUACAUUGGUACCCUAAAAGUGUAAUCAUGACUUUGAAUGGAGUAUCUACUGUUAGCCAGCUCUUUUAUAUUAUACAAGAUCACUGCUUUUUGAUUUUUGGUCAGAUAAACUACUUAAACUCCAACCCCUAUUUUAAGCUACCAAAUUUAACUUUUUUAAAAUAAAAAAAAGAAAACAGGUUGAGGUGAAAAUUGGGGAAAAAUUGACUUUUUUUAAAAAAUAAAAUAUGAACAAAUGGAUGUUGUAUUUUUCUCACAUUGUUGAAACAGUUUAUUGUCAAUAAAAAACUGUAAUACAUUAUUAUUCUAUCCACACUGUAGUAGUUUAUACGUGCUUAAAUAGUCAGCAAAACUUUACAACAUGAAAUAAAUAUAAUGCAACAUGGCAAU